AUGGAACGGCCUGUCUCGCGGUCUUCAUAUGGACAAAGAACCGCCUCUCGAUCUUCUACAAGCACCAACAACACCAAGGCCUCAAUGCAUACCGCACAUACUUCCAACUCACACCCUCCUGGGUCCCCCGCCCCGUCGCAUGCUCACCGAUUCUAUCAUGCCACUUGCGAAAGGACAUCUAGCGCCACACCGCGAACAGCAGACCGAAAGUCUCGUUUGACCAGAGAAGCUAGCAGCGAAUCUACGCGACAGCCUGCCAUGUCCUCAUUCCUUCAAGAGAAGUUGCGGGAGUCUCGUCAAGCGGAGAGCGACAAGUCGUCAACAUGGUCGCGCUCUCAUACAACCAAUUCUUCUGGGGAGUUUAGUCGAAGCCUCGGAUCGCCUGUUAGGGUUGUCGAUUCUGAACAUCGAUCUCACUCUCCCGCUUCAACUGAGACGUCCAAGAAAAAGGGCAUGGGAGUUAUGGAUAUGGAGCAGGUAAUUUCUUCACUUCACAAGAAGAACUUUGAUCUCAAGCUAGAACUGUACCAUCGUCGAGAACGACAAACAGCACUCGAAGAUAAAGUAGAGACCCUCGAGAUGGAAAAAUCACAAGCAGACGAAUUGAACCACCAUCUCUCUCAGGAGAUGGAGAAGCGUGAUAAAGCAAUCGAGGAGGCGGUCGCUAUGAUCGUGUCGCUCGAAGCUAGACUCGAAGAGUUCGUCAAAGAAAGAUCAAUUAUUGAACAAAUCCAAUUCGAAGGCCAGUACUCAGCUCACAACUUCAAUCCUUGCUACGAAGACCCUAGACCUGCCACACAGACACCAGUCUCGGCGAAGCGAACGGGAGACGGUAGAAUCAUCAACCGAAUGCCUAGUUUCAUAUCCGACCACAGCGAGAAUACAGAGAACUUGCGCAAUGUUUAUCUUGGAGCUAGGGGCAGCGUUGUCAGUCUUGCGCAAGUCCCCGAGGGCCCUGGCGAAGGCGACACUGGCCGCAGCCCGAGUUUGAGCAUCCUGAGUGAAAGCUCCUUUGUCAGUGUGUAUGGGUCGAAGGAAGAUGAUAGCGGCCUUCAAGAAGAGGAUGAACCGACAACCUUUGAUGGCUCCGCCAGUCUUCCAGCUAGAGCCAGUGCUAUCAACCGACCAAAAACAGCUUUUGUCAAGUCUCACCAUUCUUCACCUAACAGAUCAAUCCGAUCGAACUCUGUUUCCAAUCACCAACCGCACUUCGACUCAAUCCACAACGUCAUCGAAUACAGCUCUCCGCGACAGAGGGCCGAACGACACCACCCGUCGUCGAAGAUGGGAUCGCGACCUCAAAGUCAGGAUCAAGAUGUACCAGAAAGAUUUACUGGCCGUGCUUCAAUGUCCCCAGGCCAUCAGCGCCUUAAGCAGGAGAAGAGGGAUUCACUUCGAAGAGUUACGACCGAGGCUCCUGGUGGUGUUAGACUCCACGACCAGAACCUCCCUCCAACACCAGACACCGUCUCUACCUCUACACUGCGACGCUUCGACAACUCUAACGAGGCGUUGCUUAGACCUCCUACAGCGAGACCAAGCCACAGUGCGUUAUCAGAAGCUUCCGAAAACGACGGAAGCUUGGGAACGUACUCAGGUGUUCGUCUGGAGCAGCCUCCAAUGCGUGCAGUCAAGGCUUCAGCUCAGAUUAUUGACUUGAACAAUAGAGUAUAUCGCGAGAACCAGGGCAGAUCCAUUCAGCGCCCUCGCACAGGACUCGAUCCCGACAGGAUUAGGGAUCUUUUCCCAGUUCAGCAAGAGCUUUUCUCAUCAACGAUGCCUCCACCACCUCCUGAUAGGAGAUCGAGCUUGAACCCGCAGGUUGCGCAACAGAGCAAGACAUCUUUCCUGAGUCGACCGUUGGCCAAUGUUAAGGCCUCUAAGGGGGGCCGUAAGAAGGGCCACCAGAGACGAAACAGCGACGAUAUUCAAAUAAGGACAGGUGCACACAUGCAGACGCAGGGGCCGUCUGCCGGCGACAAGAACCAUUACCCUCCGAUCGCGGGUCAACAAUCCACCCAGAACAAAUUCACCAAGUUCUUCCGCAGGUCGUCUACUGGACCUCCGAGCGGUGCCCCAACCCCAACUCCAAGAUCGGAGCAUGGUCCAACCGAACCUCCUAAUGGGGGAUUCUCGAGCUCUAAUGGCGCAUCGGGACUCCCACCUUGGAUGAGCCGGACAGGUGCGCUCGAGGAGGACCGCGACAGCGCAACACCGCCGCCAAUCAUGCGAAAAUCGCGACAGGGAAGAAAUGUCUCUAUGGAUAUUGACAUGGCCGACGACUCGAGAAUGAGUCAAGAGUCAGGCACCCCAGGAACACCCAAACCACCAUGCCCGGUGAACGAAAGAGACACAGUGGAGCAGACAGAAAGCCCAAGGGCGGCUGGCGCAACAGGAAGCAGGAGAAAGUGGUUGCCUGCAUUUGGUCUUAGAAAUAAGCAAGGAUAG